AUGUCGGGGCAGCCGGGGCGGCCCGGAGGGGGAAGGCGGCUCCACGGCACCCCAGUGAAAACGGAAACACGCUGCCGGCCGUCGGAGUCGAUUUCACUCCUGCUUCAGAGCCGCCUUCCCCGCGCCCCAGCCCGCGGCCCCCGGGGCUGCCGCCGAAGCUCCGACCCCGCUCGGCAGGUGCCGGGGCCGGCUCGGGAGGCUCCGACUCCGCUCGGCAGUUUCCGGGGCCGGCUCGGGAAGUUCCGACCCCGCUCGGCAGUUUCCGGGGGCACCGGGGCCGGCUCGGGAGGCUCCGACUCCGCUCGGCAGUUUCCGGGGCCGGCUCGGGAAGUUCCGACCCCACUCGGCAGUUUCCGGGGCCGGCUCGGGAAGUUCCGACCCCGCUCGGCAGUUUCCGGGGGCACCGGGGCCGGCUCGGGAGGCUCCGACCCCGCUCGGCAGUUUCCGGGGCCGGCUCGGGAGGCUCCGACUCCGCUCGGCAGGUUCCGGGGCCGGCUCGGGAAGUUCCGACCCCACUCGGCAGUUUCCGGGGCCGGCUCGGGAGGCUCCGACUCCGCUCGGCAGGUUCCGGGGCCGGCUCGGGAGGCUCCGACUCCGCUCGGCAGGUUCCGGGGCCGGCUCGGGAAGUUCCGACUCCGCUCGGCAGGUUCCGGGGCCGGCUCGGGAAGUUCUGACCUCGCUCGGCAGUUUCCGGGGCCGGCUCGGGAGGCUCCGACUCCGCUCGGCAGGUUCCGGGGGCACCGGGGCCGGCUCGGGAGGCUCCGACUCCGCUCGGCAGGUUCCGGGGGCACCGGGGCCGGCUCGGGAGGCUCCGACUCCGCUCGGCGGUUUCCGGGGCCGGCUCGGGAAGUUCCGACUCCGCUCGGCAGUUUCCGGGGCCGGCUCGGGAAGUUCCGACCCCGCUCGGCAGUUUCCGGGGGCACCGGGGCCGGCUCGGGAGGCUCCGACUCCGCUCGGCGGUUUCCGGGGCCGGCUCGGGAAGUUCCGACUCCACUCGGCAGUUUCCGGGGCCGGCUCGGGAAGUUCCGACUCCGCUCGGCAGUUUCCGGGGCCGGCUCGGGAGGCUCCGACUCCGCUCGGCAGGUUCCGGGGGCACCGGGGCCGGCUCGGGAGGCUCCGACUCCGCUCGGCAGGUUCCGGGGGCACCGGGGCCGGCUCGGGAGGCUCCGACUCCGCUCGGCGGUUUCCGGGGCCGGCUCGGGAAGUUCCGACCCCGCUCGGCAGUUUCCGGAGGCACCGGGGCCGGCUCAGGAGGCUCCGACUCCGCUCGGCAGUUUCCGGGGCCGGCUCGGGAAGUUCCGACUCCGCUCGGCAGGUUCCGGGGCCGGCUCGGGAAGUUCCGACCCCACUCGGCAGUUUCCGGGGCCGGCUCGGGAAGUUCCGACUCCGCUCGGCAGGUUCCGGGGCCGGCUCGGGAAGUUCCGACUCCGCUCGGCAGGUUCCGGGGCCGGCUCGGGAAGUUCCGACCCCGCUCGGCAGUUUCCGGGGGCACCGGGGCCGGCUCGGGCCCGCUCGGCUGCUUCCGCCGUUCCUUGUUGUGGCCCGGCCGCGUCUCUCCGCUAG